GUACAUUACUUGUCAGCAAGCUGUCAUGUCAAGGCAAGCUGGAGUACCAGGUGUGGGGACUUGAUCGACCAAUUACACGGAGUUUGUGGAGCCGGACAAGAUGAGAGGACGUUAUAAACAACUGGAGGGCAAGGAGCGAGUGUACGGCAGCGCUCAUCCAGUUUCUCAGCCGCCGGGGUCUGCAGCACACACUGCCUCCGACUUGAGCAUCCAGGAGGCAGAUGACUGGGAAACAGCUCCAAAGCGUAGCAGUGAAGAUGUUCAGAAAGUAUAUCUUGGAGUGCGUGUUAAGAUGCCUGUCAAGGAUCUGCUUCGGAAUAUCCGCAUAGCCCAGGGCAGGGACCCCAAAGAUCUUCAGCAGAACCUGCGCACCCAAAAAGUACAAGUGAUUAGACACGUGUCUUUCUCAGGAGACAAGAAACGAGUUCAAACUUGCACAGGAAAUCGAACAAGCAAGAGAAAGCGCACCACCAGUGGCCUGGAGGAGCUGGCAAUCAUUGUCGAGGUGCUGGAGGAGGAUCUGAGGACCGACACCACAAACCGUUCCCUUAUCCAAAUGUCGUCUCCCAGCUCACCAGUAUCACCUGAGUACACGUCUGAGACUAAUGGUACAGGUUACAACAGUGAUGAGUCCGAUGAAAUCAUCCCAAGCCCCCCUUCGCAUACAAUCUAUUCACCUGGGACAGCAGAGUACCAACAAACCCUACCCCCUCCUGAGGCCAUGGUCACAAGCUACCAGCCCGCGUGGAUAACAGACUAUUGGUUCACUAACUGCCCAGUGAGCAGCUCCGAGUUCUUUUGGGCACAGCUUCAGAAGGAGGAAAUCAAGCUGAGGACCAUCUCUGACGAAGCACUGCUAGCCACUAAUAAACACAGUCGAACAGCUCUCCAUAGUGUGGUGUGUGACGGCAACAGGGCACUGGCCUACGCAAUCGCGAAAAGGCUGGCUCCUCUCAACAGUUUAGACCUGAAAGAUUCGAAUGGGAUGACUGCCCUCCUCCUCGCAGCCAAGCACAACCAUCACCUGAUAGUUGAGGAUCUGAUUAAUUUGGGUGCUCGUGUCAGUGAAAGAAACAACUCGGGAAAGUCGUGUCUUCACCUCAGUGCUGAGAAAGGCUUCAUCCGAGUGCUUGAGGUUCUGAAACGUGUUAUGAUGGAGGGUGUGUACAUUGAUGUUGAAGCCACCGAUAAGUCUGGAAUGAGUGUUCUUCAGUGUGCUUCAGUGGCCCUCAAGGUGACAUUGCAGCAGUUGGAACUGAGAAAGAGCCUCAAUCACACUAAGCUCCACACACUCCGCAAGGAACAGCUCCUAAAGACCCUGGAGUGUCUCCUGCAAAUGGCCAGCUACUCUCAUGUCAUGGGAACCUGGGGUAUGAACGCCUAAACCGCAGCAUGUCAGCUCGGUCGAGACCCGACAGUAAUGUUCUGAGUAUGAACAGGCAUGGUUUGUGAUAGUGACCAUAAUUCAUCGUCUCUUCCCUGACAAAUCCAGUCCUGUUACGUCAAGCAUCUAAGGUUGUGUCAAUUAAAAAUGCCAGAUUUGGAAUCAGGUCUUUAAAAAUGUUCACAAAGUGUAGGUGCUCAUGAGAUGGUUUCUGUGAAACUUCCUUGUUUGUUACAUUCAGUAACAACUUGCCUUCAGUGUGUGAUCCAGUUGUAAAUGUCUAGCUUGAUGGUGUAUGCUUGUGUGCUAUGUAUUGUAUUUGGCUUAGUUUACUAAUUCAUGAUUUGGAUCCCAUAAAGUUCCCCAUAAUUGACUGGUUUGUUUGUAUAAAAAUGCUAUGCCAUGCGUGUACCAAACAAACAAGUAAACCUAUCAGCAGAAAAUUAACCUGACCACCAAAAUAACCAUAAUUGAUACCAUCUUGUUCAGAUCUGGACCUUUUGCAGUAGUAUCAAAUUACUAUUAGCUGACUUGAAGAUAAUGUGCUACUGUAAAUAUAGCCGAGUCCAAUACGAUUGUGUGUAUCAAUUUCAGCAUUGCCCAUCGUUAUAUACACAAUACAGCUAAUACAUUUACAACCAUGAUACUGGAUCAAGAUCAUACUUUUGUAUGAGAGGGCAUUAUAUUAUGUGUGUUGAACAUUUGUAGUGAGAGGUUCUGUUGUUUUAUAUGUGUUUUUAAAUGGUGUGUUUCAUGCAGGCUCUUCAUUAAUGUCACCUUUUACCGUAUAAUCAGUAAGUGUAUAUUUUGUGCUCAUUUACAACUGUCAAACAGUUGAAGACUCACUUUUGGGUCAAGAGCAGCGCUAUUGUACUGCCAGUUGAAUGGAAUCAUAUUUACUGUACAUUGACAAUUACUGCAUCUAAUCAAAUAACUGUGUUACCGUGGCAUUUCCACUUAAUAUCACUACUCUUAAACUGUAUCGGUAUUUGUGUCAAAUUGGUAUUUGUGUCAAAUUGUGAGUACUAUACUUAUUAUAUUAUUAUGUAUUAUUAUUUCAAAUUUGUAUGUAUGUUUUGUGAUUGGUAAGGAACAUAAAGAGAACCCUUUGAUAAACGGAGAUUUAGACAUCACUGUUAAUUUUGUUAUUGUUAUUAGAUGGUAGACUCGAGUUGGCAAGGCUAGUAUACUGGAAUUUAUUUGUGUGAAAAUACAGCAUUGUGUUAUGUAUUAUGUGCUUCCAUGUGACAAUGACUCUGUGCGGUGAUGUGUAAAUAUAAUAACUGUGCAUUGCCAUCUUUAGGUAUGAAAAAAAGUCUAUACAUACAGUA